CUUCCUGUUCCACGAUGGUAGACGAAGUAACUAAGAAAACUUUGGGGCAGAUUCCCCUGCUGAAGACUAAAGCAGGGCCAAGAGAUGGUGAUCUGUGGGCUCAGAGGUUAAAGGAAGAGUAUCAGGCUCUGAUUGCAUAUGUGCAAAAGAACAAAGAAGCUGACAACGACUGGUUCAGACUUGAGUCCAACAAAGAAGGAACGCGGUGGUUUGGCAAAUGCUGGUAUAUUCACAAUCUGCUCAAGUAUGAGUUUGAUGUAGAAUUUGAUAUUCCAGUGAUGUACCCCACCACAGCACCAGAGAUAGCUAUUCCAGAGUUAGAUGGGAAGACUGCAAAAAUGUACAGAGGAGGAAAAAUCUGCCUAACAGACCAUUUUAAGCCACUUUGGGCAAGAAAUGUACCAAAAUUUGGAAUAGCACAGGCUUUUGCACUCGGGCUUGGACCAUGGCUAGCUGUGGAGAUUCCAGAUCUUAUAGAGAAAGGACUUGUAGUACAUAAGGACAAAGCAACCAGCUAGCAGGCAUGACCACCCUGAAGCUGAAAGAACUAAUUGUCAUUUUCCUUUGUAUUUAACAUGGUCAUUGGCAUUGAAAUGUGACUUGUCAUUCAGUCAGUGACAUUCGAAUUAUGGUCUCAAGUCUGUUGCGUUAUGCCAAGUAUCUACAAGGACAGAAUGGCUUAGGAUGUCUUUCUGUGAUUUACAGGACUAUAUCUUAAAGCUUGCAUGGAAAAAGUUGCUAUUUAUUCGGUCUUGAUGCAGGAACUAACUAUGCUGUGCAUUUGUCAGCUUGUGCUGGUUAAUUUUGUUAGUGCAAUUGAAAUACCCAUUACACCAGGCCCCAGUUCUUAACAAAAAAAAAACUUAAGUCAUUUCCCUGGCUUACUAGGAUUUUCAUGAGAGUACUGUUACACUGCUCCUGAUGGGAUAAGAUGUGACCAUGUAAUCUUGGGUAAUUAAGUUAUUAGCCAGGAAACCUGGAACCUGUCUUAAGCUUUUUUUUUUUUUUUUUUUUUUUUUUGUGAAACCUGGGCGAGGCUGAAGACAUCUGCAAUUCAUGUUCAUGUCAGGGUCACAUUUCAUGUACUGUAUGCCAUCAGUGGAAUGCCUAUUUCACACAGGAUUAAUAAAUAACUUCAUGCUGUUUGGCAUGCUGCAAAAGGACUCAAAUAAUUGUCAAAAAAAGGGGGGGCUAAGUACUGAAACAGGCUGGCUUAAUCCAAGUCUUCCUGAUGUCACAAAGUUGGUGACAGUCAAUGGCCUCCUUAAAUUCCUUGUUUUGUACCAUUUCUAAUAAAAUAAUUCAGUCCCGAAUGUCUGCUCAGUCAUUUACAUGGCUUACUCUGUGACAGAAAAAAAACUCAAAAAUAAACAUGUUCCUCAACAUUUAUUUUCCGUUGUGGCACCAACAGUUUUCCAAGGUUUUACAACUUGAGCACAAGACAGUUCCAUGCAUAAAGUCAGCCAGGGAUAAGAAAAGAGAAAUAAAAAGGUCAGAAAAAUGUAUAUCAAUAUCCUA